AAAAAGCCAAAAGAAGAAGAAGAAACUCAUCGCACCAAUCAGAGACAACAUCCGGGUUGCCAAGCAUCAAGCAUUUUAUGUUUCUAUCUGUGUGGGUUGCUCAAUUAUUAAAUGAAACGCAUACAGUAUUUAUUACGAAAACAAUUUGGUUAAUAUUUAUUUAAAACACCGAAAACACUGUGCAAGGUAAGUUUUCGCAAUAUGUCAGCAGGUUAGUUAUUAGCCAUAUAGAAAGUGGGCUCAAAGUACAAUCCGUGAUCAAACGUUUUAAAGUUGGUUUUACGGUUUGCCAAUGCUACUCUGCUCUGCACUGAAGGGGAAAUUCGCAGGAGGUCUCUUAACCUUAAAGUUUUGGGCAGUACAAAAACAAACCAGGAUGUUGUCAUCCCUUCCUGUAGCAGCAGUUUGUCAAAUGACUUCCACUCCUGACAAAGAAGCUAAUUUUACAGCAUGUAAGCGAUUGGUUGAACAGGCUACAGAGGGUGGAGCGAGUAUGGUCUUUCUACCUGAAGGCUUUGAUUAUAUUGGCUCAAGCCGAGAGGAGACGCUACACCAUUCAGAGAGCCUAGAUGGUGACAUUAUAACUCGCUACACUCAUCUAGCGAGAAAGCUCAACGUGUGGUUGUCUCUGGGUGGAUUCCAUGAAAGAGGUCAUGACUGGAAAAAUGACCAACGAAUUUAUAACAGCCACAUUCUCAUAAACGGACAAGGUGAGAUUGUAUCUGUGUACAGGAAGGGACACUUGUUUGAUGUGGAGUUAACAAGUAAAGGCGUGUCCCUUAAAGAGAGUGCCUUUACUAUACCUGGAUCCCGGCUACUCCCUCCAGUCCAGACGCCAAUUGGAAAGGUUGGCCUUGGUGUCUGCUAUGAUCUCCGUUUUCCUGAGCUGUCGUCAGCCCUUCAGAGACACGGUGCUGAGAUCCUUACAUACCCUUCAGCUUUUACUGUGGCAACAGGAACUGCCCACUGGGAGGUGCUUCUCAGAGCCAGAGCGAUCGAAACACAAUGUUUUGUUAUUGCUGCAGCACAGGUUGGAGCUCAUCAUGCCAAGAGGACGUCUUAUGGACAUGCUCUAGCCAUUGAUCCAUGGGGUGUGGUGCUCGGGGACUGUGGGGGUUCUGAUGUAGGCGUAGCUAUGGUUCAGAUUGACCUGCAGGGUUUACAUGAUAUCAGGAGAGACAUGCCGGUGCUACAGCAUCGAAGAGAGAAGGAGUAUUACUCCAGCUUGGAUUAAAUAUCCAUGUAUUAUAUGUUAUAUAAUACAUAUUUUGUAUUUAUUGUACAUUAUGAUUCUGCACAAUUUAUAAAUCAAUUCAAAAUGUAAUUUGGAUUAAGUUAGUUGCAAUUGUUUGACUCUUUUCGCCUGUUUGCAUUUGGAAAUGAUUGAUUUCUCUUUAAUCUCAAGAAAAGAAAGAAAUCUUCUGCUGCCUCUGACCAAUAUUUUAUUCGAAUUUGGAA